AUGGGGCGAGAAGCAGCAUAUACCUCCAUUAAAUCGCGUUCCAAACCAGCGAUUUUUGUUCACUCAUUAGUGUCUAACCGAUUUAUCCGCAAAUAUGGCGUACUAUCGUUAAUCGUGUUGUUUGUGCUUGGGUUGCUGUACUACAGGAGAGUUUUAUUUGUAUGUAAUCCCCAUUUUCAGCAAACGUAUAUCCAUCAAACGCUUCCACUUUAUCAACGAUCCGUCAUGUUAGCGUUUGGGAAUAACACAUUCCCGAUGGUUGAAGACGAUGGCAAGGGUGAUCAUUGGCUUCCGAUUGGUGAUGAAUCUAAAAGAUUCAAAAUAUACUCAGCAUACUUUGAUCCACGGCUGGAAGUUGUUGAAUCCUACCUAGUGUCCGAUGGUUUUCUUCCCUUUGGGAGUAUUCGCGUAUUCGCGAUAUUGCCGUUCAAUGUUCGAAAACAGAAUGUGUUUUGCAACUUUAGAUCUGAUGAGUACUACAUAGCGCAACAUCGUGCUGACGAAGUAGAACCCGUGCAUGAGCAUUGGAAUAUGGAGUUUGCGGCCACUUAUGUGAUAUGUAAACUUGCCGGAAAUGUCACCAAACGCCAGGCUAGACUACCGGAUGAAGUAGCCCUUAGUUAUUUCGACGAACCAAGCAUGCGUGAAGCAACAAACUUUGUUCGUAUAAAAUACCCACUGACCGAUCGAUUAUUCCACUCGGCUCCGUCUCGAUCGCUAGCGGUUUGUGUGGGACCGCUACAUCACGAUUUUUCGAACGCUCUUCGAGUUGUUGAAUUUUUUGAAUACUAUCGCAUGAACGGGGCGGAACGCUUUUAUGUGUACAACAAAUCUGCUACCUCGGAGGUGAACGACGUAUUGCGAUAUUACCAACAAACCGGAUUGGUGCAGAUAUUGGACUGGCAUUUUGAAGGGUAUAAGUUCGAAAAAGAAUUACGUUACGAAGGUAUUUUUGUGGCACUGAAUGAAUGCUUUUAUCGCGCCACAGUGGCUGGAGGUUUCCGAUACACCGCGAUUGUAGACUUUGAUGAGCUACUUUUUGCAUCCGACGAAAACGAAACCCUUCUCGAGUACCUUCAAAGGAAAGAUCGAUACGACGUGCACUCGUUCAACUUCCAGUGUGUAUUUUUCUACGAUAUCUAUGCGCCCGAUUUUUCGCUCAUUCCUCCAUGGGCAAACAAUACUUACAUGUACACGCAGGUUCGUAAUGUACGCACCAAAAACCCCCUCUUGCACCACAAUCGUAGUAAGUAUGUGCUGAAGGGUCGCAACGUUCUAGAAGCUGGAAAUCAUAUGGUAUGGAAAGCAGUGAGAGACACCCACGAGUAUGCUGUACCAGAAGAAGAAGGCUUGUCAUUGCACUAUCGUGAUGGUAACCUUGGGUAUGAUUAUGAAAACGUUGUCAUCGAUAACCGCCUUCGUGAGCGCUUUGGUGAGAGGAUUUGGCGGACAGUGAAUGAAAAGUGCGCACAAAUUUUCCCCACUUCCGGUGUUUGCCCACUCGGGGCAGACUACCAUCAAUAGAAACCGUGUGCGAAGAGCUUUGGUUUGAAAUGUUUAUUACAAUCAUAAAUUACGUUUUGUUUACUAA